AUGACUGAAUUAUUAUCAACAAUGUCCCAACAACAUCGUGAACAUUUAGCACAAUUACAAAAUCGUCUUUUAACAACUCCACUUGAUAGUAUUCCAAUAGAUGUUUACAAAGAACUUAUGAUAACAUAUUUAUGUUUAGCAAAAAUAAAUGAAGCAAAAUUUCUAUGGGAAAAUCUUUCAGCUCCAAUGAAGACGGAUAAAGAAUUUCAAUUCUUAGCAUCAUUAGUAUCAUUACUUAAUCUGAAACAAUAUGGAGAUUUUUAUAAAUUAUGUCAAACAACAACUGAAAAUGGUUCAUCAUCCCAAACUAUGACUCUAAAUAUUCAACAAUUAAUUUCUCGAGUAACAAUACAAAAUGUUGAAUUAAUUGAACUUGCAUAUAAAUCAAUAUCAUUUGAUGAUUUACAAAAAAUUUUUGGUCUUAAUACAAAAAUGGUUGAACAAAUUUGUAAUGAACGUGGUUGGCAAAUUGAUGCUGGUGGAGUUUAUGUUUCACCUAAACGAAAUGAUAAUAUGAAUGCAGUAUCAAAUUCAAACUUGGCUAAGCUAGUUGAACUUGUCUGCUUUUUGGAACGAUAA